AUGGUUAAAUUGGGAACAGCUGCACGGAAGCAUCCUCCCGAUCCCCCAGUCGAUGCUGUGGUGCAGAACAAGACUGACUCAUCCAUCUCCAUUCAGUGGUCUCCUCCUGACAGCGAUCGCCCCGUACCCAUCAAAGGCUACAUCGUGGAGAAGAGGAAGAUUGGAACUCAGACGUGGCAGAGGUGCAAUGCUGGAGAAAACAUUAUUUCAACAGAGAUUACUGUCUUCAACUUCACCGAGGAAGCGACCUACCAAUUCCGUAUCUCUGCCACAAAUGACUUUGGCCAGAGUCCGUACCUGGAGGUACCCGGAAGCUUUUACCUCGAACCCAGUGCCGAAAUCACAAAAGGCCUGGUGAACAGCAGUGCCGUCUCUGGAGAGGAGUUCUCUAUUUCUGUGGAGCUGUCUGCUGUUUGCUCAGGCUUCUGGUCACUAAAUGGCCGCCUUCUGCGCAGUGGAGCUGAUUACCUCAUCACCAGGUCGAAGAACAUCCACACGCUGCUCAUCCGUGUCGUGACCGUGGAAAUGAAUGGAGCUGAAGUCAAGUUUGUGGGCGGAGGUUCACAGAGCAGUUGCAUCAUGUCUGUGAAAGCCCGUCCCGUCAGGUUUACCAACAAGUCGGAUCAUCUAGAGGUGGUGACUUGCAGCGCACAGGCCACUGCUCAGCUGACUGCUGAGGUGUCAGAUUACGAUACGCAGGUGGCUUGGAUGAAGAAUGGGCGGGAGAUAAAAAUGGGCAAGAAGUAUGAAUAUCUGAUGAAUGAGCGCAAGAGGAUCCUGAUGGUCCACAACGUCACAGAGGAAGAUGUGGGCGUUUAUGAGUGUGUUUUGGCUGAUGACAAGCUGUCCAUGCAACUCACUCUUAAAGAUGAACCUGCCAAGUUCCUAAACAAAGCCAGAGGUACCAUGGGAAUGUCGUCGUCCCUUAAAGGAGAUCUUGAGCUGAGCUGCGAGGUAUCUCCUGCCAGCGCUGUCGUUGUGUGGAGAAAAGAUCAGGUGGAGAUCACCGAGGACCAAAGAACUACCUUCGUCUCCAAAGGGACUCAAAGGAAGGUCGUCAUCAAGAGUGCCAAGAAAAGUGAUGAGGGACAUUACUCCUGUGAGACAGCAGCUGAUAAAGUCACAUUCCAGGUCAAGAUAAAAGAAACUCAAGCCGCAGCUGCCUUCUCCAACAAGGAGUCAGUCCAGAGGGAGGUGAAAGCCACUCUCUCCCAGAAGGCAACUCUUAGUUGCAAUGUGUCUGAUA